AUUUCAUUCGGUAUUGUUAAACUUGGUAAAAAUGAAUUCUUUAACGGUAAUAGCUUUCUUUGGUUUCAUAUUUUGUGCAGCCACGGCCGACAACAUUAUUCAGCCAAACCCUUGCCAGCAUAUUAAAUGCGGUGGACCUAAUUUAGUUUGUAGAGGAUCAAACGCUUGUGCAGACCGAUGCAAUUCAACUAUUUGUACCCUCGAAUUAACCUAUGGAUGCUUCUGCAAACCAGGAUUUUGUAAAAAUUCGUGUAAUAAUUGCAUCGAAGAUCCUAGGAUCACUAGAAAACCAACUUAAGAAAUAAUAUUUCAAUAAAUAAUAUAAUUAUAUUUA